AUGAUGACAUCUACCUUUUUGAUCACUGUCAAUGCCUUCCUGGGCCUUGGAAUAGGCACAAUGGCUUUACCCCAAGCCUCAUUCAUCGGGACGUCAACUACUCCUGCACGUCAACUUCCGAGUAGUACUCCGAGUAGUACGGCCGGAGUUGUCCCGUCCCUCGCAGAAUCUGUUCUCAGCUCCUUGCCUAUUAUCCCAGUUGAAGGAGACAACUCUGUCGCGAUAGUCCAAGCCACCAACGCUUCUCUCCUUGAAACGCACCCUGAAAUCGAUGUUGAACCAAGCAAUGACCUUCCUCAAUUUCCUUCUAAUCUCACUCGGCGCGAUCAAUGUAUUGGAGGACCCUUUUCGUUCCCGAUCACUCCUUGGACCAAUGUCAAGCUGCUUACCGAUCGCGUCUGCGAUUUCUGGUUCCCUAAUAACCAAGUCUUCUAUGUGCCCGCCCCGCUUCCCUCACCAGGAUAUGUGCUUGUCAAGAUCCCCUUCGGACCAUCACUUCCCACCUUGAGCCUGAAGUACCAAACUGUCAAUCCUUCGCCGGUGACGGAUCUAUUUACACCUCUCACCAGCACUAUUUGCAAGAAGCGCUUUGACAGCAUCCUUGCCUUCGCAACUUCGCCAGGGAACUUCCAAUGCCCUGCACCUCCCAAUGUGCAUGCAGGGAAUGACUGUGAUGUGACCAGCAGAGCGGCCUGUUUCUCCUUCGAAUUAAACUAG